CAGACGCAAAGUGAGAUACUUUGGACAGGAGAAUCAUUAUUGGAAUGCGAUAAACAGCCACUUUGUACACAUGAAGAAGUAACUAUUACAGAAGAGAGAUUUAUUUAAUACGAUUGUUUAGUUCCAUUCAAGACGUGUCAAUCAUUUGCACUAUUUCAGCAGCAUCUUUAGGUCAUUCCAGCUGUUGUGCUGUGGGCAGACUGACGCAGAGAGAACCAUGAUUCUGCUGACUCCAUCCUCUGGUUUCUUCCAGCACACCAAUAAGCUCUUUCUGAGCGAGCAGGCCACUGGUGUCCAGCUCAAGGAGUUUGUACGCAAAAAUGCAGCCAAUGCUCUGUCUAUGGCCAACAUGCUCAUGGGCAUGGCCUCUAUUCUCUGCAGCCUGAAUGGCCACCAACAUGCUGCCUGCUGGCUGGUCCUGAUUGGCUACCUGCUGGAUUUGGCAGACGGGGCAGUUGCCAGGCGACUGGAUGCAUGCUCUGCACUAGGUGCUAAACUGGAUGAUUUUGCAGAUUUCACAACCUUUGGGAUUGCAACUUCAUUGCUCCUGAGGACACAUGCCUUAAUGGACAACAUCCUGUGCAUGUGCUAUGUCCUGUCUGUGAUUGUCCGACUCUGCUUCUUCUCCAGCGGCAUCCCCUUCAUGUACCGUGGCCUGCCAUGUAUCUACUCUUCUGCCAUCCUUGCCUGUCUCUCCCUGCUGACCGGAGGUAACAUGGUGAUCCUGCGGGUCACUGCUGUGGCCAUGAUCCUCUUUAUGGUCAACCAGGGAUUCUACCCUCACGACAGGGUCCUGGAGUCACAGGCCUGGAAGAAGGUGGUCUACGCUGGAGGAGUUGUCAUGGUGUUCUGUUCCUCUUUCCCUCCGGCAUGUGUGUACUACCUGUUGUGGUCUGUGUCCUACAUUUUGUUCCCAACAACACUAUGGAGCUGCAAAGUGUAGUAGGCAUUAAAGGACUUGCUACAAAUUCACACUCGCACAUACAUGGCUUGUCAACAGGCUGUCCAGUGGGGUUAACUAAAGCGCCCAGACUGCUGCUGCUAGCUAUCCACAGCGGAUCGAAACAGGACGUAAGAGGACGUUGUAAUGUUUUUGUAAGAUUGAACUGCCUUUUUCAUCAUGAACACUUGAUGGAUAAUGUACUGUACCUUAGCCAUUUUGUUUUUGAAUAAGAUAGGUUUUGGGUAUCUGUAGCUAUUAUGUUUGUACAAUACAACUGCAGAGUUGUACUGUCUAGUGUGUGUACUGUAUCAUCCUUAUGCACAAAUUGUGCUUGAGAUUACUACAACAAUAAUACAAAAAAGUAUUUUCAGUCAUUAAUAAAGUCAUUGAGUAGCAGUUUUUACUGUAAAGAAUAAGAAAAUGUCAACAGUUUUUGCAGUAAAAAAAAAACAUGCCCCCCCCCUUUUUUGUUUUACUGAACAUGCUAGAUUCAAACAUAUGGCAUGCUCUCAAUUUGUAAGAUAUUUGUAAUAAAAAAAAGUUUCAUUAUAUUGCAGAUACAAACGAAGUCCAUUAAAUCAUGUUUUUUUUAAAUUAUGGAAGACACUACCAUCUUGAGAUCUUAUGUUCUACUGUACUUAAAAUAACUACCAAAGUGAUUGUACAUAAUGAAUUGUGUGUGGAUAUGGGAUUGUUGAGAAAUAUAAUUUUUUUAUUUUCCCAUCAACACCAAAUUUGUUGUUUUUGAGCAUCAACUGCAUUCUUUAAUUGGAAUAGUUUUAAAAAAAAUGUUAUGUUCUAGCCAUUUUGAGACAAGAUUAGUUUGCUUUUAUUGCAAGCAAAAUGUAAUCGUGCUUUAAUUUAAUAGUGUUUACGUUCCCACCAGAUAUACAGUGCCCUCUGUAAUUAUUGGGACAAUGAAGCAUUUUUUCUUCUUUUGGCUCUAUACUUAGUUUGGAUUUGAACUCAAACAAUGGCUAUGAGGUUGAAGUGCAGACUGUCAGCUUUAAUGUGAAGGUAUUUCAUCCAUACUGGGUGAACUGUUUAGAAAUUACAUCACUUUUUCAACAAAAACAAAACAAAUUCCCUUGUGUAGUAAAACGUUACAUUUUUGGUCCCAUAUUUGUAGCACGCAAUGAUUACAUCAAGCUUUUGACUCUAAAAAAUGUUGAAUGCAUUUGCUGUUUUGUUUUGGUUGUUUCAUAUGGUUUUGUGCCCAAUAGAAAUGAAUGGUACAUGA